AUGGUGCGAGGAAAGCAAGUUUCAAGAAGACUGCAGAUCGGAGAAGAAAAACGCAGUCGCAGUGAAUGGUUCAGGACGGGUGAUAUUGGCUUUUGGACAGAAAGCGGAUCGCUGCAAGUUGUGGGCAAAUGUCACAAUGUGUUUCAACUAGCUGAUGGACGGUUCGUAUCACCAGAGAAGAUCGAAACAAUCUACUCAGGAUCACCAAUGGUCAAAUCGGUUUAUCUACAUGGUAUGGCAAACGCUCGAUUCGCUAUCUGCUUAGCCGUGGCCGAAGUCGAUGAAAUACGUGAAGAGGGGAAAAGAAUUGGAGUGAUCAAUGAAAAUGAUUUCACUUCAAGGCAACCACAAAAGAGCCAGAGAGAGUCAACAGCCGAGGAGUUAUGUCGUAACUUGAAGGUUCGUCGAAUGGUACUUUCCAGACUGAACAGCAUAGGCGAAAGAAAAGGUUUGGAAACAUUUGAGAUGGCAAAAUCAAUACUACUGGUGACUGAAGAAAUGACUAUAGAGAACGGGCUGUUGACAGUGGGCUAUCAGUUGGCCCGUGACAAUAUUCGAAGUCAUUACCAGAAACAAAUUGACGAACUUUAUGCAGAAGGCGAAUUAAUGCAUAUGUAA